UUUUUAAUAAAAAGUUGAUUGCAACAGGUAUAUGUAAAAUGAUACGUGUAAAUUUGUUUAUAAACUUUAUUUCGUGUACAUAUUAAAUUCUAAAGUAAUGGAAAUACGUGUACUGUACAACGUUGUUAAUUAAUGUGCACUUUGUAUAUACGCGAACGAUACGGCACUUCUCAAACUGCUGUUAUUUUUUUGCAAUUGGUUUAAGAGUUUGGUUAAGUUUUGUAAAUAUAAAUAUCAAAGUGUUACAUUAUGGAUAUGGAAUCGAAUGUGAAGGUGGAGAUGCAUAGUGAUAAAAAUAGAAGUAGUGCAAACAGCAUUUGUCUAACAGUAGAAUUGUGUGUUGUUUGUGGAGAUCGAGCAUCGGGCAGACAUUACGGUGCCAUCAGUUGCGAGGGAUGCAAAGGUUUCUUCAAAAGGUCCAUCAGGAAGCAGUUAGGUUAUCAAUGUCGAGGGACGAAGAACUGUGAAGUCACAAAACAUCAUCGUAAUCGAUGUCAAUAUUGCAGACUGCAAAAAUGUUUGGCUUGUGGCAUGCGAAGUGAUUCUGUGCAGCACGAACGCAAACCCAUCGUCGACAAAAAGGAAUUCAACAGCAGCGUCGCAGGCUCACCAUAUUGUUCCUCGAAUGUGAAUAAAAUUUUUAUUCGCAAAGACUUAUCCACGGAUGCCACCACCAUUCUACCAAGUUCGUUUAAUCCCUGUGAUCUUGCACUACCCUUCCUUAAUAAACGUUUUGGUAAUAGCAUAACUGAUCUCCAAUAUCACAUGUCGCCAACCCCUAAUUGUGUGGAGGACGAUGUUUCAAUGGACAGCGUAAAUAUGGUGGGCGGAGAGCUUAAUGAUUCACUAUCGGUCGCGAAGGAGAAACAGAUCAUUUCGAAGGCGCUCGACACAAUUGCUCGAAUACAGUGUUUAAACGGGAACGAAUUUCCUACAUUAACUGACGAUAAGGCGUUCGAAUUUGACGGCCCGUUACUUCAGGACCAGCACAUUACGUUUAACUUGCAAAUACCGGGACCUGUACCUCCAUAUCUUAAUCUGCAUUACAUUUGUGAAAGUGGCUCUAGACUUCUGUUUCAUUCCGUACACUGGGUGCGAAAUAUACCGGCUUUUCAGCUUUUAAGCGCAGAUACGCAAAUUACAUUGCUCCGAGGAUGUUGGGUCGAAUUAUUUGCUCUCGGUUUGGCCCAGUGCUCGCAGUCCUUGUCACUCUCUACCAUUUUGUCGUCACUUGUCAGUCACUUGCACACUUCAAUAGCGCAAGAUAAAAUGUCCGCGAUUAAAGUGAAACAAGUUACAGACCACAUUGUAAAGCUGCAAGAUUUCGUUACCACAAUCAAUCGUAUGCAUGUAGAUGAGCACGAGUACGCAUACUUGAAAGCAAUCCGAUUAUUUUCACCUGAUCAACCAGAGCUAUUGUUUCGCAAGCAAGUAGAAAAGUUUCAAGAAAAGUCCUUCCAAGCGUUACAAAAUUAUAUUAUUAGCAGUUUUCCGGAUGACACUGACAGAUUUCCUAGAUUGCUUCUUCGUGUUUCACCAUUGCGUGCGUUAGACCCGCAAGUACUAGAAGAAUUAUUUUUUGCGGGAUUAAUUGGACAAGUUCAGAUCGACAGUGUAAUACCGUACAUUCUUCGUAUGGGCACAAGCAUCACAGGAAGUUGCGGUAGACAAUUACAAACUGAGCAUAUAGAAGAAUUUUUGUGUAAAUAAAUGCAAUUUUUCAUGUGCGACGUUCCUGGCAGAACUUUUGGGGUUCGUAAAAUUCGUGAUAUAAUAUCCAAAACUGGUCCAAGUAGUACUUAUAAUCAGUUUAUUUAUAAUCUUAAUUUCGUGUUUUUAUAACCAUUAAAAGUGCAAGUACAUAUUUAUAAUAUUAGGUAUAAUUUGAGUGCAGGCCUUAGAUAAUAUAAUAAUAAUAAUGAACCAGAAAUUGAUCAAGGUGGACGUUAUUUCGCAUAUGUGGUUUUAACGAGAAUGCUAUUUAUUAUUUGAUAAACCUUAGACAAUAACGAAACCAGUGAAAUUGUUAUAAGAUAUACGUAAUUUGUAUGCAAUAGAGUUCUUCAUUCUAUAUAGAAACGAAUUUGUGGUGAAAUGAUACUAUUUAUUCAAUUCGUGCAAUGCACACUCAUUCUGUGAUAACAUAGGUUGGUGCCUUGGAAAUGUCUUCGGUAAUGUAAACUUUUUUGCUCAAUUUCAACUGUACAAUAUAGCAGAUUGUAUCUUGAAAUUUGUCACUCUUGCCUUUAUGAAAAUACAAGACAGACGUCAUGUAUUUUGUAUCUAAAAUUUCAAGUAUCUUGCCAACAAUUGACCGUGUAAAUUAGAUUGUAAAUAGUAAUUAUUUACGGAAUGCACUAAUAAUAGGGAGAACCAAUCGCACAUUAUGAGAGUUUAAUGGUUGAUAGCGUAUAUUGGUUUUGAGGGUAGUCCAGAGCACAGGUGCACAAAAAUGAUGCAAACUCUGUACAGGGCUUAAGAAAAAACAAAAAUUUGUUGUAGCAGCCAGAAUGUUACCAGUAACCACGUCCAAAUCAUACGUUUGUAACUGGUACAAUUAGGUAAGCUAGUCAGUUUUAGCUAACUGAUGGGAUACCGUAAAUCAAAUUUGAGUUCGAUCAUGGUAGUUUUGUAAGUUUAUAUUGAUGGUGACUGAAAUCCCACUCACUAUUAAAUAGUCAUAUAAGAACAUAUGACCAUUAAUUAAUUGUUCUGAUACAUUUUAAAAUGUCUUCCAAAACUGAUGUGAUGACCUCUAAGUAUAGUCAUAGAAUUUCAUUAAAAAUCAUGAUCGCGCGCACGAACUAGUGUAAUCUUCCUCAAUUUGAGGUGAUUUAUAUGUCUUCUACUUUCAGUUGUCUUGGUGUUUGAAGUACUAUUUUAUUCUAUUCAUAGGGGAGCCGAACCAGGCAGCACUUAGGCACACCAGAGGCCCAUUGUGCAUACCCCCUUUUUUUCGCGCAAUUAUUCCUUUAACCUAAGUUGCUUCACCCUCCCCGGUUCCAGAUAGCUGUCUCCAAGGAGUUGAUGUCUGUUCCUGAUCAAAGCGUCACAGUGGCAGACCACAUGCUCAGUAGUUUCUUUUGAAAUACUAGUUUUAGUUGAAGUAGUUUUGGGCUUUUGCGGUCCUCUUUCAAUAUCCACACUUCUACUACAAAAAUUUCCUUUAAAACUUGACGAUUUUAGUUUUGUUUCCUUCUUUUGCAGGCAUUGCUGUUGAUUUUGAGCUACUUUUUACAGUGUUCAACUGAGGUAGUAACAAAGCAGAUUGUGACUGUUUACAUCACCAUUAUACAAGAUAACAUGUAGAAGGACUCAAUUUCUGACAAUAAACUCCGCGACGCGACGCAUUUAGAUAUCUCAAAUAUGUUUUUCCGCAGCACCUCUUAGUGCGAGUUCUCCAGCAUCUGCUAUCCACACGUACUGCUUCCAUUCAUUUUAGCUUUCAAAUAUUGUUGAAGACAUGUUACCCCUGAUUUUGUUGCAAGAAAUUUCAUCAUCUACUAUACAUAUUUAAUUAUUCCCUGUGUUUUGAAAUAUAUGCGCGCUAUUGUAAUUUUCGAAAAAAACACCAUAACCCUCCACGAAACUCUCCCAUUACACUGAUCAUAAUAUUGCUUUACAAUUUAACGAGUAGUUUCUACAUCUCUCAUUAUUAUUAUUGGAAACUUAUUUAAUGAAUGGGAGUUAAUUACAUGCUGAAGGUGGUUCGUACGUAGGGUAUAUGUAAUUCACGUUGUCAUUCAUACCAUAUUGCCUGCUUUCCUAUGUCGAAAGGAAGAGUUACAGUUGUUUUUAUAUCUUAUUUGAGCUGGAGUGCGAAACAUUGAUGGCUACCUGCAUUCUCUAAUGCUUUGACUAGAUGCGUAUAUUCCUAUUUUUUCUUAAACAGAUUUUGUGUAAGCGAAUGUAUACAAAUUCAUUUGGUUAGAAAAGUAGUGAUACCUGUCUUGUAAUUUAUACUAAUGUUCUUUGCAGUAAUACAGUGAAUGAUACAAUCUGCUAAUCUAAUUGAUCAAUUCCAUUGCUGAGCUACUUUUUGAUUUAACUGCCUCUAGUGGGUAGUUUGAAAAUACAUACACUGUUCUCAAUGUAGAUUACAGUUUUUGAAAAUGUAUUUUUAUACUUAGAUAUUUACACAAGGGACAUCGGUCAACUUGCAAAUAGUGUAAUUUUUGAUCCAUUCUGUAUUAUAUAAAAUAAAUUACAUUUAAAAUGUAAAUAUUAGACA